GCCUUGUAGCAUCUAUAUAUAGUAUUCAGACUUGUGCAAGAAUAAUAUAGUUUCAAACUUUUUGGACGCUUGCUCCUCACUCCAUGAAUGACAAGAGCCCUCCAUCCUGAAAAAAUAUAAAACUUAUUCCAGGUGUUAUGCAUUAUUCAUGCGCGAAGAAGAAAACGGCUGGGGGUAGUCAUUCGAGACGGUGGCACGAGGGAAGGUGCGGAUUUUGUCAUUCGGGAUCCGUCUGCCAGGAUUAUGGCUGAUGGGAAUGGUCAGUUAUUUGACACUUCAGUUCCGAAUGCAGAGCUGAGAGUUGAUUGGACGGGCCUUCGCCAUGCCCGGUGCGUAUUACAGGCCAGGUCCAUCAUUCUGGAGGGUGAUUCAGUCAGUUGGAUCCGAAAGAGUCCAAGGGAUAACAGUUAUGACUAUCCAUUGCUCCGAGACAUUUGGAUUAUGGUAAGGGUUGGAGGGGCCUUUCAGGCCAAGUAUAUUUACUGUGAAGCCAAUAAUGCUGCGGAUUGGGUGACUGCGUAUGUAGCUUGUCACUCCGGAGGCACCCUGUGGACUGAAGAUGGGAGGUACUCUUGGCACUCUGAGAGCAACGGAUGCAGUAAGGAUGGAUGAUGGAGGAGGAGCAGACCUUUCUAGCCUCCUCCUGUUGCCGAACCCUGAGAUGACGAACAGCUUUGAUGAGUACUUGAGGAAAACGAGGACAUGCACCCACACCCACACCUGUAAUUCUCCAGGACCUGCAGCUGCCACACAUACCCAUACAUGUUACCACACGCAUACCCGAAUGUUUCCCACGGCCGGAGGAGAAGAAGAGCAGAAGAAAUCACAGAAGCCACUGGGGAACAGAGAGGCUGUUCGAAAGUAUCGGCAAAAGAAGAAGGCCCAUGCAGCUUAUUUGGAGGAGGAGGUUAAGAAAUUGCGCCUUGUGAACCAGCAGCUCUUGAGGCGAUUGCAGGGGCAAGCAGCACUUGAGGCUGAAGUGGUUAGGUUGAGAAGCCUUCUGGUGGAUCUCCGAGCGAAAAUUGAUGCUGAAUUGGGGACUUCUCCGUUCCGGAAGCAAUGCAACGGUGCUGGUUUAAGGUGUGAUAACACUGCACAAUGUUUUGGUGGUAAUGGGGAGGUGGUCAGUUGGGAAGGGAGCUGUGGACCUGCAGUUGUGGAUGGUCAGAUUGACCUGAAUGGGGAUAUCGGGCAGAACUUGGAAAUUGCUAAAGCUGUGAAUUCAUUUGAUGUUAUGGGGAGUUUGUUUUCAUCUGCUUCCCAAGCUGAGUGAAUUGCAUAGCUGAAACGGUGAGGUUUGAGCUCUUGGACAUCUUGUUAUUUUCUUGAUUAUCAUAUAAAUUCUGAGUCAUCUUUUGAACCUUUUUGUCACUAGUGUUGAGAACAUCCAGAAUGAAGAUUUUUUUUGUACUAGUUAUAGGCAAGGAUGAUAGACCUGUUACAAGAAUAAUGUUCCACAAAUGGCACAUGCUUCCGGCUCGUAAUAUGUUAUUGGAAGCUUUCUAUGUACAUAAUAAUCUAAUCUCUUUUUUGGGAUAAAUGUACAUGAUACUCAUAUAAUGAAUUAUGCCUUGGUUGUUUUUUGAGAAA